UUUUCGCUCUCCACACUUGCGCGGCCCAUCGUCCUCUACCGCUUGUGGGCUGUCACUGGGAUUUUAAACUGGUACACGCGACCAUCAACGGGACAAGAAACAUUUACGAUAGAAAACUCACUGAGAAUAAACGUUCCUCGAAGAAAUAAGAAUUCCAGAAUAAUUUACAUUUUCUGCAGGUGCAGUUUUUAUCUUUGAGCUGACGGAUCGCGGAGAGAGUCUGCAUUUCUACAGGUAAACUAUGACCAGGUGGAUUGUAUUACUUUGUGUUUGUCUGUCCGUCACCUCGGCAACAUUCAACAAUUAUCAGCAAAUCAGCAGCUAUGAGGAGCACUCCUUUCUGGACCCUGAGGACACACUGAGUGUGAGCGUCCCCCUGGAGCUGCCUCAGCGCCCUCUACUGGGCAGCACCUUGGUACUACCCUGUUACUUCCAGGACCACACCGUCCACGACCCCGGCGCCCCCACCAUUGCCCCCCUGUCCCACCGCAUCAAAUGGAGCCGCAUCACCAAGGAGCGUGUCUCUGUCAUCCUGGUGGCCAUGGACGGAGAGGUCAAGGUGGAGGAGGACUAUCUGGACCGGGUCCACAUGGUGGGCUACCCCCAGACCCCCACUGACGCCAGCAUCAAGAUCACAGAGUUGAGGUCCAACGACACCGGCACCUACCGAUGUGAGGUCCAGCACGGCAUCGAGGACAACCAUGACACUGUGGACGUCCUGGUUCAAGGUAUCGUGUUUCACUACCGGGCCAUCACGACACGCUACACUCUGACCUUUGAGAAGGCCAAGGCAGCCUGUAUCCAGAACAGUGCUGUGAUCGCGACCCCAGAGCAGCUCCAGGCCGCGUACGAUGACGGCUUCCACCAGUGUGAUGCCGGCUGGCUCUCUGACCAGACUGUCAGGUACCCAAUCCAUGAUCCACGUGAGAAUUGCUAUGGCGACAAAGACGAGUUCCCCGGGGUGCGAACCUACGGAGUGAGAGAUGUCAACGAGACUUACGACGUGUACUGUUUUGCCGAGAAGAUGUCAGGCAGUGUGUUCUACUCUGGCUCUGUGGCUAAGUUCACCUACUCUGAGGCUGAGGAACAGUGUAGUAAGCAGGGGGCCCUGUUGGCCACCACAGGACAGCUGUACCUGGCCUGGCAGGCUGGUCUGGAUGUGUGCAAUGCAGGCUGGCUAGGAGACAGGAGCGUCCGCUACCCCAUCAAUGUCCGGAGGCCGCAGUGCGGAGGGGGUCUGCUGGGGGUACGGACCGUGUACCUCCACGUCAACCAGACGGGGUACCCCCUCCCCGAAUCCCGCUAUGAUGCCUACUGCUACACAGAAACGGACGAGGAGGGCUCAGGCAUGGUGGUGCCCACCGAGGCGGGCAGCGGUGUGCUGAGCGUUGCCACAGUGACCCAGGGUCCUCCCGAGGUGUUCUUCAGGAACAUGACCACAGAGAGUGAGGCGCUGGGCGAGGGCCUGGCCACCCAGAAACCCACUGGCGUGGACUUCACCUUCGGCACUGAGUUGCCCCUGCCACAGCCGCCCAGUGUCACCGAGCUGCCACAGCCGCCCAGUGUCACCGAGCUGCCCCUACCACAGCCGCCCAGUGUCACCGAGCUGCCCCUACCACAGCCGCCCAGUGUCACCGAGCUGCCCCUACCACAGCCGCCCAGUGUCACCGAGCUGCCCCUACCACAGCCGCCCAGUGGGACAGAGUUGGUUGUGGAUGUGGUGGGGAGAGUAACGGCCAGGCCGGAUGUGGGGAGUGAGAUCGGCGAAGUGAGCAGAUCAGGAUAUUUAUUUUCUGCUACAGGCGUGGUGUUUCACUACCGUGCUGGAUCUAGUCGCUACGCCUUCACCUUCGUGGAGGCCCAGCUUGCCUGUCAGAGUGUUGGAGCCUCCAUCGCCACCCCAGAGCAGCUCCAGGCUGCCUAUGAGGCUGGCUACAACCAGUGUGAUGCAGGCUGGCUUCUGGAUCAGACCGUCAGGUAUCCCAUCGUGUCUCCUCUGGAGAAAUGCUCUGGGGAUCUGGAGACUUUACCAGGAGUGAGGACCUAUGGACUGAGGCCCGCUGAGGAACACUACGAUGUCUACUGCUACGUGGACAGACUCAGGGGUGAUGUGUUCCAUGCUGGCUCCAGUGAAGGCUUCACCUAUGACGGUGCUCUGGCUCACUGUCAGGAGCUAAACGCUACCCUGGCCUCUACUGGCCAGCUCUACGCCGCCUGGAGACAAGGCUUGGAUAAGUGCCGCGCAGGUUGGCUAAUCGACCGGAGUGUCCGGUACCCCAUCACCAACCCCCGGGCGGCGUGUGGUGCAGGGAAGGCAGGGGUGUACACAGUAUACACCCACAACAACCAGACGGGAUACCCAGACCUGUAUUCCAGAUAUGACGCCUACUGCUUCAAAGUGGACAUCUUGUUUGUCGCCAAUGAAACUGGAUUGAACAUCACAGAGAUAGAAGAGGCUUUGGUUAACCUCACAUCCAUCACUGAUUUGCUGAGGCCUGUCCUGCCUUCCAUCACUCCUCCCAUCUCUGUGGAGUCCUCAGGCUCUGGUUCCGGGGCCUCUGGGGCGAGUGGAUCCUCCGGAGAUCUCUCUGGUGAUCACUCCGGUGAACUGCCUCAUUCCGGGGAUCUGUCCGGGUCAGGUGAUCUUUCAGGCAGCGGAAGCACAGAGAUUCCCAGCGGAUCAUCUGGUCUGAGUAGUGGAGAUGCGUCCGGCUCGGGGCUGAGUGGAGACGGAUCAGGAAUAACGGUCACUUCAGGGAGGGGCAGUGUUUUAUCCGGUUUGGGCUCUGGGGGUCCUCAGGAGGCUGGAGAGGGAAUAACGGUCACCUUCUCUUCAGGGAGUGGCAGCGUUUUAUCCGGUUUGGGCUCUGGGGGUCCUCAGGAGGCUGGAGAGGGAAUAACGGUCACCUUCUCUUCAGGGAGUGGCAGCGUUUUAUCCGGUUUGGGCUCUGGGGGUCCUCAGGAGGCUGGAGAGGGAAUCACUGGGAUCCUCACCUUCCCCACGGAAAUGGGAUUGGGAAUGUUCAGUGGCAGUGGGUUCCUGUCGGGAUCGGGAAGUGGCUCCGGUGUCAGUUCUGAGGAGAGCGGCUCUUCGUCUGACAGCUCCAGCAGCUCUGGGGAAAGUGGGGAGUUGUCUGGAAUGUCGUCCGGCUCCAGCUCUAGUUCCAGUGAGGAGUUUUCCGGAUUUCCCUCAGGAUUCUUUCCCUCAGGAGGCUCCAGUGGUCAUUCGGGAGAGGAGUCGGGAAGCGGAGACACUCAGGUCCUGCUGAUCGAUGGUAAACUGGUGGAGGUUUCCACCUCUCACACACACAAAGAGAAGGAGCUGGGUGGAGGGGGCCUGGAAUUCAGCGGUUCCGGAUCUGACAGCAGUGGCUCAGGGUUCUUCCCGAGUGUGACCUUCUUGGGGUCAGGGUUUACCGACCUCACAGGGUCAGCCUCAGGGGAACAGGAGGCCUCGGGGUCUCUCCACUACGGCUCCGGAAGUGGUGAUAUCAGCGGUUCGGCCUCGGGCAGCAGUGGCUCAGGGCUCUUCCCGAGUGUGACCUUCUUGGGGUCAGGGUUUACCGACCUCACAGGGUCAGCCUCAGGGGAACAGGAGGCCUCGGGGUCUCUCCACUACGGCUCCGGAAGUGGUGAUAUCAGCGGUUCGGCCUCGGGCAGCAGCAGCAGCUCAGGGUUCUUCCCGGGUGUGACCUUCUUGGGGUCAGGGUUUACUGACCUUACGGGGUCAGCCUCAGGGGAACAGGAGGCCUCGGGGUCUCUCCACUACGGCUCCAGAAGUGGUGAUAACAGCGGUUCGGACUCAGGCAGCAGUGGCUCAGGGUCCUUCCCGGGUGUGACCUUCUUGGGGUCAGGGUUUACCGACCUCACAGGGUCAGCCUCAGGGGAACAGGAGGCCUCGGGGUCUCUCCACUACGGCUCCGGAAGUGGUGAUAUCAGCAGUUCGGACUCAGGCAGCAGUGGCUCAGGGUUCUUCCCGAGUGUGACCUUCUUGGGGUCAGGGUUUACCGACCUCACGGGGUCAGCCUCAGGAGAACAGGAGGCCUCGGGGUCUCUCCAUUACAGCUCCGGAAGUGGUGAUAUCAGCGGUUCGGCCUCGGGCAGCAGCGGCUCAGGGUUCUUCCCGGGUGUGACCUUCUUGGGGUCAGGGUUUACUGACCUUACGGGGUCAGCCUCAGGGGAACAGGAGGCCUCGGGGUCUCUCCUCUACGGCUCCAGAAGUGGUGAUAACAGUGGUUCGGACUCGGGCAGCAGUGGCUCAGGGUCCUUCCCGGGUGUGACCAUCUUGGGGUCAGGGUUUACUGACCUCACAGGGUCAGCCUCAGGGGAACAGGAGGCCUCGGGGUCUCUCCACUACGGAAACGGAGUGGGAAGAGGUGGAUACGCAUCAGGGUUCGGAACGUCGGGCUUCCCAUCCGGGGACAUGUCUGGAAUCUCCAGAUCCUCCACCAGCGAUGAGGAGGACAGCUCUGUCACCUUCCUGACUAAUGACGUCAUUACAGAGGUUUCCAAGGCGACCACGGUUUCCAUGGAGCUGGGGGCUGGGCCAGUGCAGUUCAGCGGGCAGGGAAGUGGGUCCCACACAUGGAGCGGUGCUGACCACCCAACCCAGGCUAGCGGUGUCUCAUCUGGGGCACACUCUGGAGAUCUGCUCCCUGCGGUGCUGUCCUCUCCGCCCAGCAACAGGGAGCUUAUGGAGGGCACAGAAGGGCCAGAGGAGGCCAUGGCUGAGCUGGGGGAGACCACCAGAGAGUUUUACGUGACCUUUGCCCCCGACCUUGCUCCUGCCGGAUUGGCUGCCCCAGCCAUCUCCCUGCAGACCCCUGCCGUCAUGGAGAAGCCAUCCUCAGAGGAGGGUAUCCCUGACCCAUGUGACCCUAACCCGUGUGGUGCUGGGUCAUGCUCAGUGGAGGAUGGUGUUGGGUUGUGCCAGUGUCCGCCCGGGAAAGUGGGAGAAGGGUGCCAGUAUGAGGUUGAUGUGUGCCAUUCCAACCCUUGUGCCAAUGGAGCCACCUGUGUGGAAAAUGCAGACUCUUACAAAUGCUUAUGCCUGCCCAGCUACGGAGGGGACCGCUGCGAGAUUGACGAGCAGGAUUGUGAGGAGGGGUGGACUAAGUUUCAGGGCAACUGUUACCUGCACUUCCCCGAGAGAGAGACCUGGCUGCAGGCCGAGCAGCGCUGCCGAGACCUCAGCGCUCACCUGGUCAGCAUCAUCACCCCAGAGGAACAGCACUUCGUCAACUCCAACGGCCAGGACUACCAGUGGAUUGGGCUCAAUGACAAGACCGUGGAGAAUGACUUCCGCUGGAUAGAUGGCACACCACUGCAAUUUGAGAACUGGCGGCCGAACCAGCCGGAUAACUACUUUAACUCUGGAGAAGACUGUGUGGUGAUGAUCUGGCACGAGAACGGCCAAUGGAACGACGUUCCCUGCAACUACCACCUGCCCUUCACCUGCAAGACUGGCCCAGUCUACUGUGGCGCACCGCCAGAGGUGGAGAAUGCCAAGAUGUUUGGCAGCAGGCGGGAGCAGUAUACGGUGGGGUCCAUCAUCCGCUACCAGUGUAACCCAGGCCUCCUACAGCGCCACCUGCCUGUGGUGCGCUGCAUGGCAGACGGACAGUGGGAGAAGCCACAGGUGGAAUGCCUGGGCGCAGUGCCCUCCCCCAGUAACAGAAUACAGCGCAGAUCGAUCAGAAGACGAGGAGAAUCAACCAGCAGCAAACGUCACUAAGCAGGGAAGAUUAAGGGAGAUCUCUUGAAGAUAAUUAUUUUAUAAGAACAUUUACAGAACACAGAAGCCAUUUUCUAACUUACUAACGAGGUUUGAAUGUUUGAAGUACCCACCUUGUACAUAAGACCAAAUCAACUUUGAGCAGUAACAUUGUCUUUUCAGUUUGUCACUCUGACUAUUUAAAAAAAAGUAUAAAUUAAGCCAUUAUGUAAUUGUAUGUUUUUGUCAUUCUUGUCCCAAAAUAAUGACAUGUUUUCAUUAUAUAUAAGAGUUGUUUAUUGUUUGGAGUUUUAUUAUUAUUAUUAAUAUAAUUGUUGGUUUUGGUGGAUUGUGAUGCCGUUGAUAAGGCGUGAGUUGUUGCUAAAAUACUUUGUCCAUGUCGCUAACCAGACUGGAUUAUGGGAGACAUGGUGUAGGGUGAAGUUUCCGCUAGACACUGAUCUUGGGUCAGUUUUACUUUUCCUCCACAAAUGGUUAAGAUUAGGGUUGGUGGAGGGGAAGCUGAUCCUAACUCUGUACCUAGGGAAAACUUCACCCCGGAGCAUGUACUCAUAGACAGUGCAUCAAUCAGACUCUAGUCUGUUCUAGAUCUUUGCCAAACCAGACAGUGUGUGUUAGACUGUACCACCCAGAGGUAAACACCCAAUCUGGCCAGCCGGUAUUUAGUGGGGGUUUGGCACGUUGCUAUGAGCCAAGCAGAGGCUUGGUGAAAUUCACCCAUGAGGAGAUACUAGACAGUCAGAAGUAUGUUUGUAUUCUGGAGGUGCCUACGUAAUAUACACUCACUAUGGGAGAUGCAUAUAGGUCUAAUAAUCCAUGAAGGACUGUGAAUUUGAUAGAAAAAGUCUAUUGAGUUACUUUUGAGCGCUGUUAGCCUAGCAAUGUUAGCAUAGCAAUGUUAGCCUAGCAAUGUUAGCAUAGCAAUGUUAGCCUAGCAAUGUCCGGUAGCAAGAUGAAGUAAAGGGGAUGAGAUCUUGUGCAUGUAUCUACCAAACAAGCAUUUAUGAGUCACCAAAUUCUCACCUAUCUUUAAAAUAGUAGAUGCUAAAGGGGAAAACAAUAUCUAUAAUUGUCAGAUGUCUUCAUACAUCAAAAGUGGUGUUGUGUCAAACCGAGAAAUAUUUUACGCUUCAAUGAAUAAAAAUGUCUGACGAGUUUUGA